CCUGGCUGACAUUUGCAAUAGUCCUCUUGCUGUAUAUUAUAAUUGCUGCUUGCUGUGGAGGCCUCACUCUUCCAUCAUGCAGAUCAUGAUUUACUCAUGGAUAUUUGAAUUUCAGAAGGCGCAUAUUAAUCCCUUCAUAAAUUUUCUUUCCUGUGCGAUGAGGCCCUCUUCGGCACCUAUCUUUCUUGGUACAUUGGCAUCGUUUUAAAUGGAGGAUUUCUAGAUGCUGAAAAUUCCUUCCAUUUUUUUUUCUAUAGCCUGCUACAGUAUUAUUAUUAUUAUUAUUAUUUUGCUUUUCAAUUAGUUCUGUUGAUGCUGGGGUUUUUUGUAUAGUGGUUGUCAUCUUUUUAUUAUAAAAUCUCGCUUCUUGGUGAUUUCUCCUACUGUAGAAUAACUGCUUCUGGUUUUUACCGUCACAAUUGUCAUCAUUUUUACAUAUUUUCUGUCCCUGUUUGUCCAAGAUGAGUAUGAAGUUCUUUAUAUUGAAAAUUUCUACUUGUUCUUUAGUUUCCUUUGUAGCUAUUUUCAGACAUCCCUCUGCUGAUGCUGAAAGACUCGGAUCUGGUGAUAUGUGGUUGUCAGUAUAGUUGCUCUUUUGGUUAGAUAGUCUUACACUGAAAGAUAAAAUUACAUCUGGGUGGUUCCUGUUACUAGGCCUUUUGAACUCUGUGGACAUUUGUGGACUGGUGUGCAACAGUGUCAGUCUUGACUGUGAGUCUGUGACCUCUAAUGAAUCAGUUCAACCAGGGUCAUAGGUUUUCCUCGCAAAAGGUUCAAAAUGGCUGCAGUGCCUCAGUUCAACCAUUUUAUCAGCAUAUGACCUUUUGAUUUGCAAGUUCCUUCCCAAGCUCCGUGCGUCUCCAACCAAGACGCCAAAACAGAUUAAAAGAUGAGUGCAUGCUUAAACGAAAUCCAUAUAAGAUAAAGUUUAUAAUAUGAGAAAGCAAAGAGAUUUCAUUCUCUGAUUAAAGUUCUACUUCCAGUUAUCUCUCAAGGCGCAACCAUGAACUGGAAAAGAUAUAAUUUUACCGUACCUUCUACUCUUCAAGUUAAAAUAACUUUCUUUGUCGAACUCUAAAAUACAUUAUAUUUAUCAAUGUCUUAGCCAUGUUCCAAGUUAAAUGGUUUCCGGUGCACCAUUCUAUCUCACUCUGUUGGAGGCUCAAAUUAACAAUAGAUUUAUGAAGUCACCCAUUCUUUUGUCCAUGUAUCAUCUACUAUAAACUAAUAAAUCCAUUGCAUUAGACAGCAAUAUACCAUGCGAUGUAGCUAGAUGUGUAAAAAGGUUCAGUAUACUCCAGGGUGCAGAAAAACAUUGAGAAACAUCUGUAAGUGGUCAAACGCAAAUAAUUGGAACUUUACUGGUGGAUGGAGAUUACUUAACAACUGCUACUCAAUUCCAGCUCCUUUUAACUGCACCACCACCUCCAACUUCCUCACAGAACUCUAAAGAAAGAUAUACCUUUAGCUGAAACUUAUUAAUUGUUGGCUCUCUUUCUAUAAACGAGUUCUCAUCCAUUGCAACCUAAGCCACUUCUCAACAUGAACACUGGUGAAGCUGCCCCUUCUACUGCAAUCACCAUCGGGAACUCGAGUACAGAUGCUAUUGUCAGAGCUCCUGCCGCACCUUCUGCGCCCCCUGCAACUGCCCAGAAAGCUUGCUUUGCCAUUUCAGAAGGACUAGGGAUGGAGGAGGAUGGAAGGAGAGGCGUUGCUUUCUUCGGCUUCAUUCUGAGUAUCUUUGCCAUUGGUGCUGCUCUUACUGCAUGGGAACUACUGAUGAGACCCUCCCUUUCUUUGCUCACUACUAUCAGUUCCAUGCGGAGUUCUCCGAUCUCCCUGCUUUAUUGUUAGGAUCAAUUUCAUUGACGUGGCUCAGCUGGUUGACAAGGGUGUGUUUCAGGUUCUCUGUGGUUGGGAAUGCGAUAGCAGCAGGCUACCUUGUCCUCCCCCUUCCCUUCUCCAUCAUCAGCAUUUGCCGGCCACAACCAAUCGGUCCAUGGCUUUUGCUCCUCAUCUUUGACACUGUAAGUAAUGGUAGCCCUGACCAUGGCUACUGCCUCCGCAGCUGCGAUAAAGCGAAUUGGGUUGCCAUCUGCCUGCACUUUGAUGAGUUUUGCCAACAGAUUAGCGCUGCAGUUGUGGUCUCAUUUGUUGCAGUAGUCCUCUUCAUGGUCUUGGUUGUGAUGUCUGCUCUCGCCAUGAGAAAGCCUUAGAGAUGUCUGCAGUCAACCUCGUGUGCAUGUCUCAUGGCUUCAAGUCUUUUAGUCCUUUAGCAUUCGUUAUAUGGCGUAAAACCGAAUGGCAGCUCUCUACAGUGGAGACACUUCCACAAUUGGAUGUUCUCUUGACCGUUGCAUCAUGAAGGUGGAAAACUGUAAUCUGCUAUCGUGUCUUUGAACUGCAAUUGAGAGCUAUAUGUAUGUGCUAGUUUAUGAACAUAUCUUUUAGAUGCUCUCAUGAAAACAUUCUUGUAGGGGAAAACAAAAAGCCGAGCUCAAACGAUCCCCCUUCAUCCAAAUACAUACCAAUCCUUUCUCCUCAACCUUGGUAAAAUAAAUUUGAAUCCGGCAUCCUAUUAGUUGCUGAAAUUGAAGGACGGGCAGACAAGCAAAUACGCAUGCAGCUUCUUCCUCGCACGACCUUGGGAAGAAGAAUGCAGGCUACAACAAAUGUAAACCUGGGGCUCUCAAGUUUCACUUGCACCAGAUCGCCCAUAUCACCACCACCAUCAUUAAAUCCCAGUCAAGUUAUGCUUGCUUACCGACCUGCAAA